AUGGCCGACACUAUAACGUAACUCGUUAACUUUUAUGUACAAAACAUGAGAAAAUGGUUAAUUUUCAGAAGAUGAUUAGAAAAUAUGGAAGUUCUUCAAGGAAAAGUGAAAUUUCCAACAUAAAAUGAUUGUUUGUCAACAGGUGUCCUUCUGGAUCUUCUCUUUUAUUCUUCUUCUUCAGAAUCAUGACGUCAUAGAUGGAGCUUGUCUAUUUCCUAUGAAUAGUGGGACAUGGCUGUCGACAGACAAAGGAUCGCUUUCCAUUACGUCCUCUAUAAUAAUUGACUAUCAAACAUCAACAUUUGGUAGCCUUAGUUUUGAAUGCUAUACAAGUUCUGGAACUAAAUAUGUAGCAAGGUCAACCACGUUUACGCGUUAUGGUGUGGACGUUCGAGCUUAUGUAUGCUUCAAACUUGUUAAAGUCACCACGUUCCAAUACUAUUACUAUGAAGAUUCGGUCGAAGAAUCAACAUUAAACAACGAACGAAUGAAGACAGUAGCAAAUACUGCAACUGUAACGGUCGAUGAUAUCUGUGACAGAACGGCGUACGCAUAUGGUUCAUAUAACAUUAUGGUGCAAGAUGGAUACGCAUCUGAAGCAGCUUCGACCUGUUCCAGUACCAUCCAGGGUGACUGGUCCUAUAACUUUACUGACAGUUCAGGGAACACGGCGUGUGAUUUUGAUUCCUCUGUAGACAUCUGUACAGAUAAAAGUGCUUUAGCUUUUAAUUACACACAAUGUCCACAGAAUAUCAUGUAUUCAGCACAAGGAGAACUGUAUUGUUUAUAUUCAUCAUCUGGAAACUCCAUGACAUAUCAACAUGUACUUAAUUUGGACACAACAACGGAUGAAUCUACCACCUACAGAAUAUCAUGUUUGGUAAUAUCAUCCGAUGGGAAUACACGAUACAUGACACAAUAUCCAAAUAAUUGUUAUGACGGACAGACUUCAAAAUCUGUGUCAUCUCCAGGUGCUUUGAUAGAAUUUUCACUGACAAGUAAAAAAACAGUAGCGGUAGCUGUCUUUACUAUUUAUCGCUCUCGCUCUUUUAAAUUAGCUUACACAGAGGAAGAAAACUUCACGGCGGCAAUAGCACUUGGGGUUAUUGUUCCAUUGAUAUUGAUAAUAAUCAUCGCUGUUAUUGGCUACAAACUUUAUCAGAACUAUAAAUUUUACCAAGAAAACAAAGAGGUUGACACGCCAAAGCCAGAUCCAAAAUACGCAAAUGGCGAAAUCCGUAAUAAACGUAUGUGCAAAAGUAACGGUGUUAUGAUUGACGAGAAAGCACUGAUUAACGACACACCAAGAAGUGUUGAAAUUCAGAUAGAGGAAAGACCUCGACCGGAUUCCACGCUAACUACUGGUUCACUUCUGUCGGCAGGAAUUAGGCGCGAGUCUUCGAUACUUCUCGAUAUUAACCCGUCAACUCGGGGUACGAUGGUUGCAGAGUCUCUUCCGGAAGUAACCGAACCGAUCGAUUACUCAUCUGAAUAUUCGGACUCCGAUGAUGAUGACCAGGGUAGUGACAAUUUUUUGCAAUUGCGAUCGACUGGUGACUUUCUGGAUGGUAAAAGAGACGAAGGUUCUCAAACGCCAAAUAUUCCUCAAAUAGUAUUGGACAGUAUAAGUCAAGGUGGAGACAUUCACCCAGACCUUAUAUCACCUAUUGCCGUUCCUCCUGCAAUGACGACUAUACCGGAGCAUCAGUCUGAUGCAACCCAAACAGAACAAGGAGGAACAAACAAGAAGAAAAAGAAACGGGUCAAGAGAACCAAGAGUGCAUCUUCUACUAGAAGAGUAAGCUCAGCUUUGAAACGCCGACCUGGUAGCAGCAUUAAAAGAAAGGGAACUUCAAAGCAGAAACCGGAUCGCUAUGGUAAUACUGACGAUAAAUUAGUCUUUGGUACCCGGAUAAAUAUUUUGAGGAUCCGCCCCAAAUCAUUCAGGAAAAAGAAGCAGGUUAAUCCACUAAUUACUGAUGAAGAUUGCCCAAUUGAUCCUAGUUUAAACGACCUAGAUAUGAGUCAAAAUGAUCAAAUCAUUGUACAUUCAAAUGGCACCAACAAUGAUAACAACACUACAGAAACUGGGGAGGAAAAAGAAAUAGACGACAACACAACAGAUGAUACAUUGAAUUCAAAUCCAAGCAAGUCUAACUUAAAACGAAACGAAAGUAUGCUGAGGGAGAAAAUAUAUAGACAUACAAAUAGGGAUAUCCCGUCUUCGAAAAGGAAAAAGAAACAACCAAAACUUCGACAUCCUCUUGAACAAAAGAAGGGAGACCAAGAACCUCUGUCCGACUCUUGGUUUAAACAUAGGAGCACUUCUGUAUCUAGAACGCACAAUACCUCAGAUAAAAAAGACGAAACUGAUGGUGAAGGGCAAGUAUCACCUGAAGUAGAUGAGUACGGGAACCUGUUACCGCAAAGUGAUAAUGACUCCUUAGAACAAAAACUACCCUUAACGCAGCAAAAACCAUUCAUGAAUCCUAAAGCGGAGACAACGGAGGAAGUGUUCGAAAAAAUUAAAACCAUGUGGCAAUUUGGAAAUCGGUGGCUUGGAAAUACGUAUAUUGCUCACAGUCCUAAAUAGUUUAUGCAUAUAGUAAGGAACUGAAGAAUUAUGAGAUACAUCAUCCAUUUCGGAUAUUUCAUGUCAUUGUGAACGUUUUUUAAUGACCUUUUGAUUUUUCUAUCCUCAUUUUUAAACGCGUUAUGUUUUGUUACCAGUUGAAAAGUUUGUUGUCAUUUGAACAAGAACUUUUUCUUGAGUUGCUAAUCAGAUAUACAUGUACCAUUUACUAUGAUUGAUCGUGCUUUUCUAUUUGAACACUUAAUCAUCCUAACUAAAAUAUAAUGUUUAUAAAAUUCAGUCUUUUUAAACUGCAAGUGAACGAGUUGUUUUUACAAUAGACAUUGUUCGUCAAAUUUGAAUUAUGAUUGUGUACUAUAUACAUUUUAUUUUAUUCAUUUCAUGUUUUACUUGUAAUGCUUUAGUUUAACCUGGUUUGAAAUAAACUACAUACAUGAUAGAUAUGCUCAUUUGUCAUUAUCACUGUCAUGUCGCACAAAAGCAUCAACUGUUUGGUAAACAUGGUAAAUUUGAUGAAUCUUUUUUUUUCUUCUUUCUUAUUCUAUUAAUGUAGUCUUAUAUUAUGCUAUGGAACCGAUACGGAUGUUAUUUAUUACUAAGAUUAUUGUAAACAGCUUGUUUUCCAUUGUGAAGAGAACAAUUAGAUUCAGUGCAAAAAAUUCGAAGUAAGCUACCAAAUGUGUUUUUACAAUAUAGUUAUUAUGUUGUGCAUGCAACCAAAGAACAAUAACUGGAUUAUGUUUGAAAAGUGGCCACGUUAAUAAGUUCAUAACUUUUAAUAGUUAAGUUAAUAUCAAUAUCAAAGAUGCUCUCUCGGGUAUAAUCGUCAUGUUAUGUCCUUAUCGAACCCAAAUGCGAUAAAAUAUUUCUACUUAGACAAUGGAAUUAAAUUAUUUUUGAACUUAUGAAUUUUAUCUGAAAGCUUUUACAUGUACCAAGUUAAUAGUUAUUUCAUUAAUAAAAUAUAGAUAUAUGCGU